UAAUCUUUCUCCUCGGCCCACUUUAAUCCCCGUUUGUCUUUUAGAAGCAUUUAUCAAUCGCUGACACCUUUAAGUGAUACAUUAUUGUGAGUCGGUAACAAUCCGGAUAUUAAAAAAAUAUAUUAGUUGAAAAGCCAUAAAUUGAAGCCGGAAAGGAACGCAUGCUGGAAAGAUUAACUAAACAUUAUGUGGUAUUAUCGAGGACUAACAGCUUAACAUCUUUCAUUACAGAAAACUUUCUGAAGGAAGGAGGGAACGAACGUGUGGCUUUGGAAUAUUUUUUCAAUUCUAAGAAGUAAAAAAGGAGAGCGGAAGUACAUGAGAAUCACUAAAGAUUCUCAGCUUUAAAACAAUCGGAAAACGAGCCACCGAGGAAAUCUUUUCAUAGUUACUCGGUCUGCUAGAAAGAGUAGCCAGACCUUCCUCGAAUCAUACAUGUUUGAAGCAUUUUUGUUUCUGUAAGGAUCGCCUGUCAAAAAGAUGAUUGUGGAAGAGAGUUAAUUUAAAAGACUUGCCCACCAUUUCUAGCAGACGUGUUGUCACAUGGAGCAUGUAUUAAUAACACAAGUUCCAUGUGGGAAUUUUAAGAGAAAAGGGUUGUGCCGACACUGGUUCCAAUGAAAGUGUUUUUUUCAACGUGGAACCAUUUUCUGAGUGGAAUACAAACUGUUCUGCCCAAGCAACCACAAAAACAACCAAACUUUAAGAAGAUGCUUUGGACGUAGGGAAGUUCCGCUGGCAUCUCCCAGCAUUAAACAAAAAUAGUCGAAGGACACAAAUUUAACUUCGUUAUAACAAUAAUUAGCCAUACCUACACAAGAGUAUCCACUGUCUUUGUUUUCUGAGGCAUACCAAGUUUACCUAUACUUAAUGUAUACGCGUUCUCAGAUUAAAAAAAUAUAUAUAUAUAUUUAAAGCUCGCUGCAUAAUCACAAAAUUCCACGUUCGAUCCCAGAAUGUGGGGCAAAUGGCUUCUGCUCUCAUUUCGGUUCCACGUAAAUACCUUGUUAUGAAUGAAGUUUAGUAGAAGAAACAAUGCAGAAAACUGUAGCGUGGAAGCACCGGUAUAUAAAAAAAAAAAAAAGUCGGUGCUCUCUAUGUUGUCACAUCGUGCCAUAACUUAGCGGGUCAGCAAAUAAAUCUUUGAACUCCAAUAACAAACUAGGGAACAAAUCCUCAUUUUGCGUUUGAUUUUCCAAACUUAACAUUUCGCCACUAGAUUCCAGUCCUUUGCUGAAUUUGUAGGAUCCAGCUUCCUAAGAUCAACUUACAUCAUUUCUUUCUAUGCCUAAACCCUUCCACAGGUUCUUUCCGCUUCAAAUUUCUUGUCACUUCUUUAUCCGACUCAUCAUCCGAAAGCAGCAUACGUCCUUACCACCUCAAAUCCUCUCUAUUGUACGCAACAUCUGAUUCCUCACCCACCUCUUCCUCUAGGAUUUAUCAAAUGGCAGUAACAAGGAGUGAAAUGAAAUAAGAAGAGAAGGAAGUCCAUCAAAAUGCCUCAGGUUUUACUUGAAGAAACUCACCGAAACCUAACAUAUCAAGAAAACAAACACGAUGAUUUCCUUCUCAUUGAAGUGGAAGCAAUUCUUCGACACCCAAACCCAGCAAAAAUUACACUGUCCCCACCACUCUUCCCCAAAGGUGGUGAUGUUUACCUUUACAAAUCUGGUCCCCAUGACCGAAGAGUCAAAGAUAAAUACUGGUGGGUUAACAGAGGGAACAACUUCCACUCAAAAAGUCAAAAGCGCCAUGCCAUUAUGAAGACAUACUUCAGUCUAAAAGAUAGAAAUGGCAGCAAGAAAAGUGAUUGCCUUAAUGGAUUCAGGCGCCACAUCUACCGCCUGGCGGAUGCAAAAGAUGACAGGAGAACAUUAAUGCUUGUUCACUAUCUUGGAGAUGAAAAACUACACACAACAAUCCCUCAUGGUAACAGCAAACACAAAAAAAGUCAGAAUGAGAGUAACAGCCAUCAAGUAAAAACAAUGCUAAGCAAUGACUUGGACACAACAACAAUGACCACCUCCUUACAAAAUUUGAAUGCAGCUAAAAAUGAACUGAGAACCUCUGAUGGUGUUGGAAGCCGUGGCAAGAUUAUAAAGUCGCCAAUCAAUAACCUGAAGCAACCAAGUUUUACCAUUCAAACAUUAAAAGACAACAGCAGUUCAGAUGAUUUGAAAAUCUGUUUGGAGAAAUUAAAACACAAAUCGGCUAAUCACUCUGAAUUGGUAGAAAACAACUUAUUGACACCAACAAAAAUAAGACGAACAGAUGGAAACACUUAUAACAUUCAAGGCACCUUGGCCCUGGCACAUCAUCAUCCUGUGAACCAAUCUAAAACAGCUUCUCAACUCUGGACAGGGGAUAACAAACAAAACCAUUCUCAAAUCCAUUCUGUAGUACCAGUGUCCCGAACAAACACAGCCCUGUUGGCUUCUGUUUUACCGAACAAAGACAAACCCCAAAUGAGGAUCCAGGAUGAACGUAUUAAAAAUCAAACAAUUUUCCAUAACCGACACCAGUCGAACAUGUCAUUCCAACAAAGGAAAAAACUGCAGCAGCUACAAAAAGUAGACAAUUCUCUUGCAAGUUUGUUGCCGAGGUCUUUACAUGCUGCAGAAAGUUUAUCUUUCAAAAACCUACAGUCUUUGGGUCUAAAUGCCAGCCCAGAUGGUCAUCUCAGUAAAAGGUGUGUAAAUCCUUCUGAGCGCCAGACUUCUAAAAAUAGUUGUGCAGAUACAGUGAAGCAAUCUAGUCUGGCAAAUUGUCCAGAAACCGAUUCCAGAUUACAAAUAGACUACAUGAAACUGUUUGAAGAAGCUUCAAAAUUGCCACAAAUGGGUUGUGAUGUCUUUGUUCUUGUAUCAUAUCCUGGCUGUAAACCAGCUUACUGGGGCACCAAGAAAUAUGUACAGAAAUUUGAAAAUUCUGAGUGUUUGCAGCCUUAUGUUGCUUCAAAUUGUCUUUCUGUAAAGUUAAAAGACUCUUCUUUGUCUCCUAAAAACUUGAAUUAUUCUGAAUCAGAAACGGACAAUAAACUUGGUAAACUAAGAAUUUCAAACUCAGCAAAUAAUAAUAAAAGUGUAGUGACUCUGAAGAAGGAACCAAUGGAGGAUGAUUCUCCAGACAAUAAUAACAGAAUCCCAGAAGUCACAAUAAAAAACGAAAUCCUUGAAGAUGUAAUUAUUAGAGACUCUACUGGACUUGCUAAUGGUAACCGUGACUUAACAGAAACCACAAGGAACUCCGUAAAUGGAAGUAAUAAUUCCAGAGGGCAGUGUUUACAAAAAGACAAUACAUUUAAAAAUUCUUUGCAAAGAACUAUAGAAGAACAGUACAAAUCAAUGUACAGAACACAAGAGAACUCAAUGUCUUUUGACCAAAUCAUACCUCAGACUAGCAGAAAGAAAGACAAGAGAUCUAUUGCUGAUGAGAUGACAUGUCAUAAUAAAGAUACAAAAAAUAUUGGGGGGAAUUCAAAUGGGAUGUUACCAACUCCAGUUUAUGUCAAAAUAGAAUCUUUGGCUGAUGAUCUUGAAAACAGAUAAUAACUUUAUGGCAGUGUGAUAAACUGUCUCUAGUUUAUCAUAUUGGUGAGGUGGAGAGGGGUUUUUAAAUGUACUAAUUUCAAUUAUUUCCCUUUGUAAAGACAGAUCGUGUAAUAUCUGUGAAGCACAUAUUAAAUACUUUUACAAAUAGCAAGUUAGUGUUAACGUUUUUAAUGCAGGAAGCAUUCGAAAGUUAAUUAGAAAUAAUCCUGUGGUGAAAGGGAAACUAGUACGAAUCACUAAUAAUAUUUGAAUUAGCUUGGUAAGUACAGGGAGGCAACUCUGCACAGAUUUGGUUUUUAUAACAUCACCAGCGAAACAAUUUUUACCAUAAUUAUUUCAAGUUAACUUUUAAUAUUUCCUCUAUUAAAUAUGUUAACACCAACUUAACUAUUGUUUCUCAUAUGAA